AUGUCGUCACUCUAUUAUACAUACCUCACCACUACGGAAGGCGCAUACAGGACGACUGAACCAGAGCCUCGCCCUACACCUGCUGCUCCACCUCCACCUGCAUCUCCGCCUCCACCUCCACAAAGACCCAACCCCAACCCCGCUCCAAACCCUACAACAACCGACCCGACCACAACUGAGGCUCUUCCACCUCCAGCAGCCAAAUCAGCAAGCAAAGACUCGUCGACUACUACCACAGAGGCUGGCAGCCAACAAACUCAUGGAGUCUCUGAGAACGAGCCGACGACCACUACUACUACGACUUCUACUGCCAAUACCACGAGAGACGAUGGAGGUGGUGGUGCAACUGCCCGUGGAGGUAGUAGUCCAACCUUGCCGCUCUCACCAGAGAGAACCACCAGUGACGAUGGUUCUUCUCCUAAACUCACAGGUGUCCAACCACCCUCAUCGCCACCAGGUGCUCAAUCGACCAAUGGCGGUAUCACUCUCCAGGCAGGCUCAACUAUGGUCUUUCACAACCCCAGCGGUGUAAGCUCCACACCUACACCCGCCAUCUCGGGUUCAGUCAUCUCGGCUCCCAUGACAGGUGUUGUCUUCACCUUUGCCUUCCUUGGCGCACUGAUCAUCGGACUAGUUGCUGGCUUCAUUAUUGCCAAGUACACUCGUCUUGGUGGCGGUGGUGGUGGUGGUGGUGGUCGCUCUCGCAGACAACAGCGAGAUGAAUUGACUGAACAAGUCCGCCUCUUGAUCGAUACAAUUGGCCAGCGCGACAGCCGCAACUUUGACAACGGCCCUCAACAACCUUACCGACACGACCGAUCCUACCUCGAUGACGAAAAGUUUGCCCACGCCUCUGUAACUCAUCAGGGAGAGAGGAUGCCCCUCUACAUGAAUGGUCGACAGUCCAUCGCAUCUACUAUCACUGCUGCCCAUGGUGGUGAUGGUGGCGAAACAGAACGACUGCACCCGCACUCAAUCCCAGACCAGAACCAGUACCAAGACUGGGAACUAAUCAACUCACAUCUGAUAUCUCCUCAUUCUAACAACGUCCCUCUUCAUCCCAUGUCCUUCUCGCGUCACUCCGCCAUGAUUUCUCCUCUGACAGGUAUACCCACCACCAAUAGGGCCAGCAGACCCGAACCCUCAGGAGCAGGGACGUUCCUGAGUCCUCGAGUCGUUCACCUGCCGCCCACACAGUUGCCGCCCGAUGUGGAGAUCUACGGCCCCAAGGGUGAAUGGGGUUAG